AACACUAGUCCACAUGCACAACUCAAUAGUACGCUGACAGAUAUUGUAUGACGCCAUUAGUGGGAUUUCCCAAAGCUUGACCUUGAAGGAAUCCCUGAUCACUGGACGUAGCUGCGUCAAGGCCUGUCUUUCGCGAUCAAUACAGCACCCAGUUUCCUUGCAGGAACACUACACUGAUCCCGCUAGCGUCGUCUGCUCGUGUUGUGCACGUCGGUGCUGAGAGGGAACGGACCCGACAUACAGUAAGCAACAUGCUCACCGAACUGAGACGUAGUAACGUGCGACUGAUUGCCUUGUGCGUAUUCUAUGUUCUGUUCCUUAUCAUCGGAGCAGCGAUAUUCGCAGCAAUAGAAGGCCCUCGAGAAUCAAGCCUGGUCAAGCAUCUCCAGACUGUCAGAAACACAUUCCGUGCGUCCUAUCAACACUGCCUGUCAGAGCAAGCUCUAGAGGCCUUCAUUGUUGAGGUCGUUGAGGCUGCUAACAGGGGAGUCUCGGCAGCUCGCAAUGUGUCCAUGUCUGAACCCAACUGGAGUUUCGGCCAAUCAAUGUUCUUUGCUGGGACUGUGCUCACGACCAUAGGUUACGGUCGAGUGACUCCACUCUCUGACGCCGGCAAGGCGUUCUGUAUCGUGUACGCUGUGAUAGGCAUUCCCCUGACACUCAUUCUGUUCACGGCUGUGGUGGAGCGGCUCAUGCUCCCCACCAAGAUGUUCCUGUACUUCCUGUUCCGGCAGCUGGGGCACAUCUACAAGGUCUUCCACAUCCAGCUCCUCCACCUCUUCAUCGUCUUCUCCUUCAUCUUCACGUUUUUCUUCCUCAUCCCCGCUGGUAUUUACACUGCACUUGAACCCGACUGGAACUACCUGGACGCCUUCUACUACUGCUUCAUCUCCCUCACUACCGUCGGUCUGGGCGACUACAUCCCCGGCGACAACUGGCAACAACACUACAGGGCGCUGUACAAAGUUGCCACCACAGGGUACCUCCUCCUUGGACUUAUAAUGAUGAUGCUGCUAGUUGCGGUUAUUUACGACAUCCCAGAACUCAAUAUAGGCUUUCAUUUUUACCUGAAGAGCGACGGCAUUGAAUCUGAGCGUGUUAGUCUGAAAUCAUCAAAUGAAUCCAAAGGUCCUAAAUAUACCAAACAUGUUGACGAACCAGAGCCCACACAGAGUUACCAGGGACAAACAGUUCCCGCUGAGGGGGAGUAGAUCUACGCUGGAACCAGUAAACACCCUGGUUGGUACGUUACACACGGCUGUGCAGCUAGAGGCACCAAUGGCAGCCUCUCAUCUCACGGGCCUACAGCAGCACUUGAUAAUACACAAAGUAAGAGAGACGAUUCUACAUUGUGUGUGGAAUAUAAACAUUAAACCUGACUACAAUGUGGACAGAGGUUUCUCUUCUUUUGAAAAUAGCGUGCUUUUUCAAACAAGUGAAUUGAUUAUCUGGUGUUUUCAGCAAUGGAAUUCCCCGUUGUUAUAAACAUCAUAUGUGAGUGAAUCUCAGUAUUGAAAAUGUAGUGAACGCCGGGCCCUGUGAUCCUACACUGGUUGUUGUACACUUGAAUAUCUGUGAUAUGAUUUAAUAUAUGUUUCCAUCGCCGUUGUGUACCCAUUCCUUUAAUGUAAAACAUACUUGCCUCUGUUUGUAUGAGUAGCAUAUGCAGAUGUUUUAAAUGAUAUCAUAAUAAUUCAACUUCAACUCAGUACAGCUAGUUCUUCUAAACUCUUAACGUGACUCACUUGAUGAUUGUAAAGAAUGUACUGAUAUUCAAAAACGGUAGCCAAUAAUCAUCAUAUAGAUGUGUCAGGUAAAUGACGCGAUCUGCAACCAGAUGUCACACACUUAACACCUGUGACAAAGAUAUGCACAGGAUUUAUAUAGAGAAGGCCGACCAUUUGAGCGUCCGUCUAUGAAGGCGGGGAUGGGGUUUUGGGUUUGGUUUGGUUUGUUGUUUAACGCCGCACUCAGCAGUAUUCAAUAUUUAAAACUACAAGAUGUAACAUGGAUGACACAGACGUGUACAUGUAACAAGAUGACAUAGACGUGUAGAUGUAACACGAUGACAUUAUCCGUGUAGAUGUAACACGAUGACACAGUCCGUGUACACAUAACAUGAUGACACUGACCAUGUACAUGUAACACGACGACAGAGACCGUGUACACAUAACACGACGACACAGACCAUGUACACAUAACCUGAUGACACAGACCGUAUACACAUAACAUGAUGACACUGACCAUGUACACAUAACAUGAUGACACAGACCGUGUACACAUAACCUGAUGACACAGACCGUGUACACAUAACAUGAUGACACAGACCGUGUACACAUAACCUGACGACACAGACCGUGUACACAUAACCUGAUGACACAGACCGUGUACAUGUAACAUGAUAAAACAGACCGUGUACACAUAACAUGAUGACACAGACCGUGUACAUGUAACACGACAACACAGACCGUGUACACAUAACCUGAUGACACAGACCGUGUACAUGUAACACGACAACACAGACCGUGUACACAUAACAUGAUGACACAGACCAUGUACACAUAACAUGACAACACAGACCAUGUACAUGUAACCUGAUGACACAGACCGUGUACAAGUAACAUGAUGACACAGACCGUGUACAAGUAACAUGAUGACACAGACCGUGUACACAUAACAUGAUGACACAGACCAUGUACAUGUAACCUGAUGACACAGACCGUGUACAAGUAACAUGAUGACACAGACCAUGUACACAUAACCUGAUGACACAGUCCGUGUACACAUAACCUGAUGACACAGUCCGUGUACACAUAACCUGAUGACACAGUCCGUGUACACAUAACCUGAUGACACAGUCCGUGUACACAUAACAUGAUGACACAGACCGUGUACACAUAACCUGAUGACACAGACCGUGUACAUGUAACACGACGACACAGACCAUGUACACAUAACCUGAUGACACAGACCGUGUACACAUAACACGAUGACACAGACCGUGUACACAUAACACGAUGACACAGAUCGUGUACACAUAACCUGAUGACACAGACCGUGUACAUGUAACAUGAAUCAUAUGCAUCUUCUCUACUAGUUCUCCCUCGCAUUACGAAUCCAGUGUCCAAGGACCCCCUCUUGAACUACAAGCUUAAUCGCACAUUGUUUAUAACUACACCUUGAGACAAUGAGCGUCCGAAGCAUGUUACUCUUAUAAUUUCUUUCAUUAAUCUCGACUCUCCAAUACAGAGUAUCUCUACGAUGUUCACAAAUGCGAGCUUGACAUCUUGUUGGCAGACUGUUAAUCAAAUGACGAAAGAGCGACCAUGUUUUAUACUUACUCUGUGGGACUUCCAAGCCCAAGUGAUUUUCAAAUCUCUACUAUACAACAGCUUUCAAUUGAUCGUUUUAAUGUUUUGAACGUGGUGUUCGAUGUAUGUGGGUGGCACUUUAAUCAAACGUAAGGGUGUUCAUUUCGCAGAUCAGGUGCCGUUGUUCAAAGUGAUCUCAGCGUAACGGUGAUCGCAACUCCCAGUCCUUAACAUGGACUGACGACAGUCGUGGCACUAAGGUUGUUCUGUACAGGGGCACCAGGCGAACACAACAUGAAAAACUCUUAUCCGACGUUAUUGUUUGUUUCCUGUGUGUUGAAUGUCUGGAAGAUGCACUGUUGAUGUAAUACCGUGUUCUGAUACUGAUGUCGGUGUCUCUAUUGUCAUUACAUCGUCACAUACCGGACGAAGAAACGUUGCUUGUUCGUGCACACUAAGUAUAUUACUUGUAUGUUGUUGAACUUAAUAAACUUGAUGAAUCGUUA